ACUUCCGAUCGGGAUACCGAUAUGACGCCUCUUCCGGCCGUGGCGCCGCUUCCGGUGUGCGCCCCGUGUGGGAAGGCCGCUGGCGGGAGACGCGGGGAGUCGCCUCGAGCUCCUCUCCUUCCCCACCGCUCCCCUCCUCGCUCCCCUCCUCGCUUUUCCUUUGCGCUUCCCUCGCCUCGGAACCAACGGUGCCCGUCGCGGGCAGCCUCACGGGCAGUGCGAUGGCGGGCUUUGGGGACGGCUCUCUGGGCCCAACGGGAGCGGGCCGCGGGCCCCCCGGCAACAGGGGAGACCGAGGCAUCGGCCACGCCAUCGACUUCGUGCUCUCCAACGCGCGGCUCGUGCUGGGCGUGGGCGGCGCCGCCAUGCUGGGCAUCGCCACCCUCGCCGUGAAGCGGGCAUACGACCGCGCCGUCAGCGCCCCUGUCAGCCCCACGCGCAAGCCCGAGGACGUGGGCAUCGCUGGGCUGAGCAGCUGGGAGGAGCCGAGCUGGGUGGGGGCAUCACCACGCCUGCUGUCGCACGACAUGCGCUCCACUGUGAGCCGCUCGCUGCAGAGCCUGCCCCAGGGCCUGGCGGGUGACGCGGCCGUCCUCGACGACGAACAGCUCAAAAGCUCCUCGGCCAACAGCCUGGCUCUGGGCGCCGGGCUUCACGUUGGACGAGCCGUGCCGGCUCCGGACCCGCGCCGCGCCCCGCUGCAGCGGCAUUUACUUUCCUUCUACCGGCGCCGCGUGCUGGUGGCGCCGUCCCAGGUGGCGGCGGCCAAGCAUGUGGCGCUGGAGAUCUGCUCGGAGCUGCGCGAGUUCCUGCGCGCGCGGCACUCGGAGCUGCCGCUGGACGACAUGAGCCUGUGCGGGGGGCUGUGCGAGGACCUGGCGGUGGUGGCUCCCGACCGCGUCGCGCUCGCCCUGCCGCUGCUGCUCGAGGAGCGGCUGUGGACGGCGGUGCCGGGAGAGGAGACCAUCAUGGCGGCGCCAGGGUGCUGGCUGCUGCGUCGCGACAACGCCGAGUACUUCCCACGCGGCUUGAGCGUCUGGGACCGCUGGCUCGUGGGCGCGUACCUCUCCCCGGUCGCCAUCGCAGAGGCGCUGCGCCGCAUCGUCGCCGACAGCGUCAACUGGCCGGCCAUCGGCGCCGCGCUCGGGUAUCGCGUGCGCCCGUGCGCGCCGGCCGACGGGCUGGCGCUGGAGGUAACGUACCGGGAAGGGGAGGACGACGGCGAGGGUGACGGGGCACCGGACGGCAUGGGGGAGCGCCGCCUGCGCGUGGACGUGCUCCUGCGCGUCACGUUGGCGAGCUGCACGCUGGUAGCGCGGCCCGGGGACGCCGGCGGCGCCGGGGGGCGGCACGCAGAGACGCUCUGGCGCCAGAGCUUCCGCGCCGUCGAGACGGAGCGGCUGCGCGAGCUGGAUGCCCGGGACUCGGGCUCCCGCCUGCUCUGCCUCAAGCUGCUCAAGGCCGUGUGCCGCACGCACCCGGGGCUGGAGCGGCUGCGCUCCGAGCACCUGCGCUCGUUGAUCCUGCACGCGUGCGAUGCCGGCGCUGUCGACUGGGCCGAGGACGCGCUGGCCGAGCGCUUUUUGGAGUUGCUGCGAGAGCUCGUGGAGCGGCUGGAGCGCGGCUCCCUCCCCGCCGCCUUCUGCCCUGCGCUCAACCUGCUGGCGCCACUCUCGGAGGACGAGGUGGACGAGCUCGGCUACACGCUCUACAGCGCCAUCUCCCAGCCCGAGAAGCUGCUGCAAGGCUGAGGCCGAUCGACGCUCCUGGUGACUCGGCCAAGAUGCACGGUUGCGGCCGGAGGGGCCCCCGUGUACCCCCUCCCCCAACGGUUCCUCGGGCUGUGAGGCUAUUUUUGUUUUAUUUUACCAGGUGAUGCCCAGUGAUCUAUGUAGCUCUUUUUCAGAAGUGACCUGGCCACAAAUGACAGCUGAAC